AUGUCGAACCAAACCCCCGAUUCCUGGGAGGAUGAACUCGCCCGACAGGCCGAGGGCGUUAACCUCAACGCACAAUCUCGCCCUCAGCCCCAGGCGCCCUCCUUCACACCUGGCGCUGCCUCUUUCACGCCUGGCGCCUCCGCUUUUGUUCCUGGGCAGCAGUAUCAGCAGUAUCAGCAGUAUUACCCCCAGCAGGCCUACCCUCAGUACGGCCAACAGCAGUCCUACGGCUCUUACCAGCAACAGCAGCAGUCCUAUGGCCAGUACAACGCGUAUGGCCAGCAGCCCGGUGGCUUCAAUCAACAACAGCAAUACGGUGGUUACAACCAGCAACCUCACCAGAACGUACCUGUAGCUGCCCCGCAGCCCCAGGCUUCCGCACCGCAGGCCGCUCCCAAGCCCGCACCGACCGCUGCCGCACCCAAGGCUAAGGUCCUGUCUAUCGGCGCCACCUCGGCUACCGCUGCCCCCAAGACCAAGGUCCUUUCUAUCGGCACUCCUGCCCCGGCCCCCAAGGCCGCUGACACCCCCCGAAGGAGGCCAAUGGGCGCUGCUGCCGCUGAGGCAGGUUCCAAGGUGGCAGCCACCAAGUCUCUCGACAAGUCGGACAAGGCCGCUGCCACUGGCAAGGCUUCUUCUACCCCGUCUUCUGGACGCUCUAGCCCUGGACGUUCCAGCCCGGCCCGCGGUGAAACCGCCAAACAAGCUCGUGAGGCUAACGCCGUCGCAAAGGCACAAUUGGCUGAUGUGGAUGAGGCAACCCUGAAGGAAAUUUACGGUGAGAAGAGAGAGCACGUCAACGUCGUCUUCAUCGGCCACGUCGACGCUGGCAAGUCCACCCUUGGUGGUUCCCUCCUACACGCAACCGGAAUGGUCGAUGAGCGUACAUUGGACAAAUACAAGAAGGAGGCUAAGGAGGCCGGUCGAGAGACCUGGUACCUCUCCUGGGCUCUUGAUUUGACCCAGGAGGAACGUUCAAAGGGUAAGACCGUCGAGGUCGGCCGUGCCUUCUUCAAGGUCACCAUUCCUCACCCCGAGGGCGAUAUCGAGCGUCAGUUCUCUAUUCUGGAUGCCCCUGGUCACAAGUCUUAUGUCCCUCACAUGAUUGGUGGUGCUUCCCAGGCCGAUCUUGGAUGUUUGGUUAUCUCUGCCCGUAAGGGUGAGUACGAAACCGGAUUCGAGAAGGGUGGCCAGACUCGUGAGCACGCUCUUCUUGCACGCAACACAGGUAUCACCAAGCUUGUGCUUGUUGUUAACAAGAUGGAUGACCCCACCGUCGAGUGGAGCAAGGAACGAUUCGAUGAGUGCACCAUCAAGGUCCUGAAGUUCCUGGAGGCCCUGGGCUACAAGAAGUCAGACAUCUUCUGCAUGCCUAUCUCUGCCCAGCGCACUCUCGGUAUCAAAGACCGCAUUCCUAAGGAUAUUUGCCCUUGGUACGACGGUCCGUCUCUGCUCGAAUUCUUGACCGCUUUCGAGCUGCCCGAGCGUAAGGUCAACGCGCCGUUCAUGAUGCCCAUCAGCGCCAAGUACCGUGACAUGGGUACCAUGGCCGAGGGCCGCAUUGAGUCCGGUAUCAUCAAGAAGAACGGCACCUAUCUCAUGAUGCCCAACCGCGAGGAGGUUUACAUUUCCGCUUUGUACGGUGAAACCGAAGAUGAGAUCGCGACUGCCAAGGUCGGUGAUCAGGUUCGUCUGCGUCUCCGUGGUAUCGAAGAAGAAGAUUUCUUCCCCGGUUUCGUGCUCUGCUCGCCCAAGCGCCCUGUUCACUGUGUGUCUGCCUUCGAGGCCAAGAUUCGUAUCUUGGACCUAAAGAGCAUUCUUACCGCCGGUUUCAACUGUGUUCUUCACGUCCACUCCGCUGUUGAGGAGGUCACUUUCGCCGCUCUCCUUCAUAAGCUCGAGCCCGGUACCGGCCGCAAGAGCAAGCGUCCUCCUCCCUUCGCUAGUAAAGGCCAGACCAUCAUUGCCCGUCUCGAGGUUACCAGCACAGCCGGUGCCGUCUGUGUCGAAGAAUUCUCAGAAUACGCCCAACUUGGACGUUUCACUCUGCGCGACCAGGGUCAAACUAUUGCCAUCGGCAUGAUCACUAAGCUCAUAACCGCUGAGACCGAGGCUCAGGAUCAGGCUCAGGCUCAGGCUGCCGCUCAGGCUGCCACUCAGUAA